CCUGCGUCUGGAGAGAGCGGUGCUUCUGGUUUGUUUGUUUUCUGCUGCGGUUUUGUUGUUGUUGUUACCCCUUUGGUUUUUUCCAUAAGGGAAGAGAGGAAGGUGUGCCAGCCCUUCCCAAAGCUUCCCUUGAUGCAAGGCUAGCAGGUGGCGUGUUCUUGUUUUACUUAUUUCUAGCCCUCCUUCCGUUUCUAGUUCUGCUUUUUUGGAGAUUAGCAUCAAUACGUAUUGCUUUCAUAAAAUACAUUUGUUUUGGAAAGGGCUAAAUAAUGAAAGCAUGGAUCGGGACUUAAACCUCAUCUUCCAUUCAAGGGACAGCAUUUCGGUAGCCCUUAUGUAGUUAUGUUUGCUCCAUACCUGUUAGCAGGACAGCAGGUGUGACUGAACAUGGAAAGUAAAAAUGAUGCAAAUAGCUACUGAGGAAGUUCUCUUCUGCUGACUGUUAUUCUGUUUUUCUUGUAGUUAUGUAGACAGUCACCCUACCAUCUCAACACUGUUAUCUAACGUACAGAAUUCAUUACUGGAGGUGCCAAGGCUCGAGAUCUUGGAGCAGAAUUCUAGCAACCAGUUGUCAGGACCUUAAGAAGAACCUUGCCCUUCGGGGUAGAUUAUUCCAGAAUGUGCUGCAAUGUCAUUUGAAGUAGCUUGCAUGGGUUCCUCAAUGGAAAAGGUGUUAAUGGCUGCCUGCAGCACUAUGGAAGCAUGGGGACAAAAUAGUCAUCUAUUGAGACCCUCAGGGAACUAUUGGGCAAAGUGACGGAAAUGAAAAGCUUGAACCAUCACUUCAGCAUGGCGGCAACUGAAUCUGACAAGGACUCCGGAUAUUCAGAUGGAAGUUCAGAGUGCCUGAGUGCUAUGGAGCAGACUGACUCGGAGGACGUGCUGAAUGCAUUGUGUUGGAACGCAGAAGAUGGGCCUUGGCAAUGCCCAAUGACCACAAGCAGCUCCUUUCCUGCACUUUCUCCUAUGGUCGUAAUGAAAAAUGUGUUAGUUAAGCAGGGGAGUUCAUCACAGCUCCAGUCUUGGACCGUGCAGCCAUCCUUUGAAGUGAUUCCAGCUCAGCCACAGCUAGUGUUUCUUCGUCCAUCAAUCCCACCUCCCAUUAACCCUCACCCUGUUGGGAAAAAGAGAAGUGACUCCACUAAUUACCUGCCCAUCCUGAAUUCUUAUCCCAAAAUAGCACCACAGCCCUGCAAAAGAGAUCACUCCUUUGAUCUAGAAGAACGUCAGGAAACCACCUGCCAUAAACGACUCUGCACAGAAGCACCCAAGAUGGAGACUUCUCCUGUAUCGAGGAGUACAGGGUUGCCUACUAGUCCUUUUGCCCACAUACCAGUUAGCUUUAAGACCCCGCAGGAUUCUAGCCAGCAAAAUUCUUCAACUCUAGUGACAAGUGGAAAACUGUCAGCUCUUCCUGGUUUUCAUCGUGUCUCCAGUGACACUCAGAAAGUGCCGGGUUUGGCUCCCAUUUUGCCUUUUGGAACUCUGCAGGCAACAAAGUGCACCCCUCAUGACAGCGAGAGUGCAGCACAGACUACGAUGCAGUCUGCAGUGUGGAGUCCCCCACUGAUACCAGAAGAGAUUUGCACUACCCCUGAGCUGCUCUUGCAACAGCAAAGCAAGUGCAGACGCUUUCAGAAUACACUUGUUGUGCUACGCAGGUCAGGAUUGCUGGAGAUCACUUUAAAAACCAAGGAGCUCAUUCAUCAGAACCAGGUGACUCAGGCCGAGCUGGACCGGCUGAAGCACCAAACACAGCUUUUCAUAGAGGCAAUAAAGAACAAUGCUCCACAGUCAUGGGCAGAGCUAGAAGCAUCUCUAACAGGAUCUGAAAAAGCUGAUAACAACCUUGAAGACCCCACUUAUCCCAACAUGUAGUAAAAAGGUACAUAGCUCUUGGUCAAGUUAUUUCUGUGCCUCCUAUUUCCCGUCUCAAGCUUUUACUUGAGCAUUUUCUGAGUCCAAGACUUGCGAAGUGGCGUGCCAUUAACAACUUGUCUUCAGAGCCAGUUGUGGGACUAGAAUAGCAUGGUGGGGUCUUGGCAGAAUGGGUACUUACUACUUCAGUGUGACCUUGAACUCCAUGCUAACUCAGUGUGUUUCCUUGGACUCAAGAAGCUUGGAUGUUCUCUGCUGGCAUGUUCCCAUUUUGCAGUGGAAAGACAGUCAUUUGCAGUAUUCUGCAAGCAAGCAUCUUCCUAGUCCCAUCUUCAGAUAGUCCUGAGAAUCGGACAGCAGAACAGGCCCCAGUAUUGGGCCAUCAUCAGCUGCAAGUAGAUGAAGGGAGUUGGUGUGAGGAGAGGAAACUUACGUUGGUGGGAUGGUAUCUUUAGGCUGUCGGUGUCCACUGUUACAGCAGUCUUGCUUUGGGGUUUUAACGCAUUUGAAUUAGUGGAGAUCUGCUUGUGCUGAAGCAGCAUUCUAUAUUCAUUGCAGUCUUUGGUCAAAGUGAUGAGUGUCUUAGGACCCAAGUGAAAUUAAGUGUUUUGAUGAGUUAUACUUUUGAUUUUCACUCACUCAACUGUACAGAUCAAAAUCACAAGGCUUGCAUUGGAAGGGUUUGUUCCAAAGCCAUAUUUAUUAAUGGCUAACAAGUGUACAAGGCAAGUGGCUUUGGAUUUUCUUAGUAGCUAACACAUUAAACAUUGUUAAAGACUGCAGUGACUUUUUUAAAAACAGUACAAGGAAGAUAUUCAUUUGACAGGAUUAAUUUGGCAAGACUAGCUGCAUAUUAUUUGUUAUGUGUAUCUUUAGUUUACAAGCCUAAACUCCUUUUUUUCCUGUGAAAUCAGAUUGCUAAGUAUAAAAAAAAAAAAAGAGGUGGAAGGAAAAGGAGCAUAAUGGCUUGUGGUGAAACAAGUCCUCCUAUCCCUCUUCCCUCUCUUUAUUUGGAGAAAUCAAAUGGGGGUGGGAGGGAGGAGAGAGAGAGAUGUCAUCUUGGAUAAUCUCCCUAAAAAAAUUUAUCUACCUGAGUUUGAACUUAAAAAAAA